GUGGAUACAUUUCAUAUAUGUGACAAAAAAAAACAGGGUCGAUCUUCACAUCCCCGCAGAGAGAGUGAGGCAGGCGGAAUAUUAAAGAUUAAUCCAUUGUAACUGGACAAAGAGAGGCCAGAGCUUCAGGAAAAGCGACUGAGGGGGAAAAUCCGACUCCAGCCGAGAUGAACGGCGCCAGGCUGGAAGAACUUCUCCUUCAGAGCUACCCAGCCGACAACGUGCUGCUCUGCUUCCCCUGGUGGGACUCCAGCCUCUCGCGCAGCCGAUGCUCGCCCCCGGACUUCUCGCUGUCGGCCACCCUGUGCCCCCGGUUCCCCGCGACGGGGGGGUCCACCUCGGGGUUCCGGACCUACCCCCACCUCUACAAGACGGAGCUGUGCCGGCGCUUCGCCGAGUCCGGCGGCUGCAAGUACGGGGACCGUUGCCAGUUUGCCCACGGCCUGCAUGAGCUGCGCCUGUUACCCCGUCACCCCAAGUACAAGACGGAGUACUGCCGCACCUUCCACACGCUGGGUUUCUGCCCCUACGAGAGCCGCUGCCACUUCAUCCACCAGGAGGGGGAGCGCCGCCUCCCCCCCCCACCAACCCCACCGCAGAUUGAGAGUCCCCCCCACCGGCCACGCUCUAGGCAGGCGGGCGGGGCCCCGGGCACCUGGAACCCCCCCGCCCAGGCCAGGGCCCGCUCGCCCACCUCCGACGGGGUCUCCUCCCCCUCCUCCUCCUCCUCCGAGACCCCCGAGCGUUGCCCCGGCAGCCCCACGCCCCCCGGCUCCUCCUCCUCCUCCUCCUCCUCCUCCUCCUGCCGCCGCCGCCGCCUCCAUCGCGACAACAGCGACAACUACCUCGCCGGCCGCGGCAUCGCCGAGCUGCUGGUGCCGCUGGCACUGAAACUGCGGGCGCUGGAGGACUCGGAGAACGUCCCGCCCGCCCUGUCGGCGGCGGCGGCGGCGUCCCCUCCCACCACCGUGGCCUCGGACUGCUCCCCUGGCCUCGGGGGUCCCGGCGAGGAGGCUGAAGAUCACCGAGCAGAGGCCCCGUUGAGCCUGGAAGCUGGGAAACGUCUCCCCGUCUUCAGCUGGAUCUCCACCAGGAGCACCUGAGGGGCGGGCGGGCCAGAGGGCGGGCACAGCGACUCCACCGUGCUCAGGACCCCUUAUCAGACUGUGGCUGGAGGGGUAGAUAUUAAUUAUUUUAGUUGGGUCGUUAGUUUCUUAACUUAAAAAAAAUGUUGUUAAUUAUUUGUAGCAAGGCUCCCUGUGUGAUUAAAGGUGAGGAGAGCUGUGUUUGUCCACCUGGUGUUUCUUUGGAUUUCUGCUUUCCUUUCAGUUUAUAUUGGAGCUUGAGGAGUCUGUCGCU